AUGAUGACUUCUCAAUCUCAGGCCAACAUAACUGUUGGAUUGGGGUUACUGGAAAGAGUGAUGCUUUCCACUCUGACUACAGUACCAUGCUGUAUAUUCUUGUUCAUUAAUGUCAUCAUGUUAUUCACCUUGAGGAGUAAACCAGUGUUUUGUGAGACCUCUCGUUACAUUCUUCUGUAUAAUCUCCUUUUUGCAGACACUGUGCAGAUGGCACUGAGCCAAGUACUGUACACACUGUCUAUUUGUAGAAUAAUCCUGACUUAUCCUGUCUGUGGUCUUCUUGUGAUGUUUGCCAAUCUAACAAAUGAAAUCUCUCCUCUCACACUGGUGGUGAUGUCUGUGGAGAGAUAUGUUGCUGUGUGCUACCCACUGAGGCACGCUGCCAUCAUCACUGUCAGAAACACAUGGGUGGCCGUCGUUGUGGUUUGGACCUUUUGUUCACUAAAUAUUUUCAUUCGAGUUGUUUUACUGUUAGAUUUUCCAUUUCCAGAGAGCCUGCAGAUGAAAGACCUUUGUAAUACACUUGUCAUGUUUCUUGGGAGAAUAUCUGCUGAUUAUGACAAAGCCUACACUUGUUUUCUGUUUGUAUCAGCUAGCGUGGCAAUCAUUUCCUCCUAUAUUGGUGUGAUGAUAGCAGCCAGGUCGGCCUCCACAGACAAAGCUUCAGUCCGUAAGGCUCGUAACACACUGCUGCUGCAUCUGGUGCAGCUGGGCCUCUGUCUCUCCUCAACUGUGCAAAACUCAUUUAUUGUAGUUCUCUCAAAGUUUUUAACAGGAGUAAUAUUUGUGCGUAUACGGAUUUGCCUAUACAUUAGUAUUGUCCUCCUCCCCAGGUGUCUGAGUGCCCUCAUCUAUGGCCUCAGAGACCAGACCAUCAGACCCGUCCUUGUGUACCAUCUUUGUUGUCGACGGAGACUCUCGUCCCAGCUGAGGCUGAAUCCCCACCCUAAGAUACAUGAAAUGAAUUAA